CCGACGCGAACGCGCUGCUGCUGAUGUCACGGCGCCGCGGGCGUACGCGCGCGCGCAUGCAUGGCCUCCCGCAGCGCGCGGCUGUCGGCGUUGUCUCCGCACAUAUUGAGAUGGAUCCUCAGGAGGAUGUGAGUAGGAAGCCGGGGCUGAUGGGGAUAACCAGCACCACCACCGCCGCCGCAGUGAGUGACAAGACCGGAGCUGGGAAGGCAGACGCCGCCGCCGGCGAUGUGGUGUCUGCGGUCGGCGCUGGCGCCGGGAAUGACCCCGAGUUCGGCGGGAAGAGCGGGCGGCAGGAGGAGGCUGCAGCUCUGGACUCUGCAGUGCUGAUGGUGAGGAGGAGAGUGGCCCCCGGCCUGAAUCCGCUCGCCCAGGAUUACCCGCGACUCACUCAGCGGUUUGUCCGCCGGAUCGUCCCGCUCUCGGUGCCGCUGUCGGUGGACAGGCCAGAAGCCGAGCCGCAGAGCAUGGCGCUGAGAGCACUGCGAGUGGAAGCGGCCGCCGAAGGCUCCAGCACCGAGAGCCAAGCCGGCAAGAAGGGUAGCGCCACCGAGAGUGUCAGCGCCGACGAAGAGAAGGAAAGUAAAGCGGGUGACAGCGCAUCCAAAGAGCCGUCGGAUAACUCCAAAGACCUUUCCAAGUCCCAGAGUGAGGAGAACGAAGAAGAAGCCGAGAUGAAAGCGGUCGCCACUUCACCCGAUGGCAGGUUUCUAAAGUUUGAUAUUGAACUUGGCAGGGGCUCUUUCAAAACUGUCUACAAGGGUCUGGACACAGAGACAUGGCUGGAGGUCGCCUGGUGUGAGCUUCAGGACAGAAAACUUGCAAAGGCAGAGCGUCAGCGAUUCCGAGAGGAGGCAGAAAUGCUUAAAGGCUUGCAACAUCCCAAUAUUGUUCGAUUUUAUGAUUCUUGGGAAAGUACUCUGAAAGGGAAAAAAUGCAUUGUUUUAGUUACUGAAUUAAUGACCUCGGGAACAUUGAAAACAUAUUUAAAAAGAUUUAAAGUGAUGAAAACAAAAGUAAUGCGAAGCUGGUGUCGGCAGAUAUUGAAAGGGUUAUAUUUUCUACACACGAGAACUCCACCGAUUAUUCACCGGGAUUUAAAAUGUGAUAAUAUUUUUAUUACUGGGCCCACGGGAUCAGUGAAGAUAGGAGAUUUGGGUCUUGCAACUCUAAAGCGUGCCUCUUUUGCCAAAAGUGUUAUAGGUACGCCAGAAUUCAUGGCUCCAGAAAUGUAUGAAGAGCAUUAUGAUGAAUCUGUGGAUGUAUACGCUUUUGGAAUGUGUAUGUUAGAAAUGGCUACCUCAGAAUACCCAUACUCAGAAUGUCAGAAUGCUGCCCAGAUCUAUCGGAAAGUUACAAGUGGUGUAAAACCAGCAAGUUUUGGCAAGGUCACAGAUCCAGAAAUAAAAGAGAUCAUUGGAGAAUGCAUUUGCCAAAAUAAAGAAGAAAGAUAUUCUAUAAAGGAUCUACUAAAUCAUGCAUUCUUUGCGGAGGAGACUGGUCUGAGGGUUGAGCUUGCUGAAGAGGAUGAUGGGAAAAAAAAUUCAAUUGCUAUGAGACUUUGGGUUGAAGACCCUAAGAAGCUGAAGGGCAAGCCCAAGGAUAAUGGAGCUAUUGAGUUCAGUUUUGACUUGAAUAAAGAAAACCCUGAUGAUGUUGCACAAGAAAUGAUUGAUUCUGGUUUCUUUCAAGAAUGUGAUGCCAAGACUGUUGCUAAGUCAAUACGAGACAGAGUAGCCUUAAUUAAAUGGAGAAGGGAGAGAUGUCAGCAAGUAAUUGUGAUAAAUGCCCAAAAGGAGACGACUGAAUUGGAAAGACGGAGGGAUUGUUUUCAUCAUAUGGAAGGCACACCCCAAUCAGGCCUGCAAAUUCCCUCGGAACUCGAAGAACCUGAAGUUGAUCAACACGUACAUCAGAGUCUGCUCAUUAGUGUCACAUCUGUUAUGUCUGACAGCACUUGUGACAGUGGACAAGGGUCAACACUUUACUCUGACUCGCAAGGAAGCCAACAGAGUGUUGUGUACCCAUCCAUUCAUGAAUCGAUGCCUCCUAGAGUACAGCAGAUCUUCAGUCCACCUCAGAGUGAGAUUCCGGCACCUUCCAUUAGUUCACAGCAGUUAUUGGCUCAAUACCAACACACAUCUACGCCCAGCCCAAUGAUGCAUGCCCCAUCUGUUGUUUUACCUAUACAACCUCAUCAAUUUGGGCCCCAGCAACAUUACCAGCAACCAGCAGCAACACUUGCUGCAAUGCAGAUAGGACAACCUCAACAGAAACAGGUGUUGACAGUACAGCCUCUUGUCCAGCCUGCAACUCUGCCACCGACACAGUAUCAGGUGCAACAACCUCUGAUGCCAGCACAGAUAUGCCAUCAUCCUGCUGAAUUGAAGCCGUUACCGGUACACUUCUUAUCUUAAUAUGGGCAGUAUGUUUUAAGAAUUAUUGUUUAUAAACCAUAAAAAGCCAAUAGCCUGGUCAUUGACCAUUACUUGUAUAUUAAGUAAAAUUGUAUU